CCGAAACAAGACGUGGUGCGUGCCGUUAUGCUAUAUACAAUGUCGCGUACGCGUACGACCGUCGUGACGAUUUCUUAAAAUAACACGGAGCAACGGAGCGCGAUCCAGGAUCGACAUGGAAACCCGCGGCGGGUGGAGUUCCGGCUUAAUCGUCGAGACGUAGUCGCGGCGAGACCGAGCCGGAGAAGUGACGACCGCAAGAAAAGGAAAGAAAAGAAAAGAAAAGAAUAAAGUAAAGUAAAGAAGGGGAAACGAGGCGGUAAACCCGAGGAACAGUUUCGGACGAUGAAUUAUUAAUGGUCGCAAAAGAGGCUUCCCGACGUGGCUGACGGGUGCGCUUACGCGGCGAACGGAGAACCUCCCUGCUGUGACUGGACCUGAAAAGCUCUCUCUGUCUCUGUGCAAGGAAGCACAGCCUCCCGAGAAGGCGAGGAGGCAAGGACAAAUAGGAGCGCGUCCCGUCGUUGCUUUCGAAUCGACUCGCGAGUGAGACGCGAUCGAUCGAUCGGCCGCUCCGGACGAUCCGGCCCGCAGUGUCGAUCGCGGAGAGACUCGAGGAGAGGAAGAGAGAGUUGCGAGAGAGAGUCGUUCUCGAGAGAUGAAGCCGCGUCCCGCUAUGUGUGCCGCGACUCCGCCGCGGUUUCCGAUUUUCGGGAUUGCCCGCGCGACGAUGCGGACCGCGCGCGUUCGCGCGACGCCGACUGGGAGCGCCCUUUAAAGGGUCACUGCGACCCGUUAGCGUCCCUUACCGGGAGCAAUUGUCCAAUUCCCAAUUUCGAAGUGCGAGUUCUCGGGUCCCCAAAGGGCUUCGAUAUCCACUGGAGAACGUCCAGGAGUCGAGGAAUCUAAACCGAGUUGACACCGCGUGAAGAGCAGUGCGAAAGUGGUGAAGGGGGCGAGUGGGGCGGCGAGGACGUUAUCCGAGGGCAGUGUGCGAGCAGAGUGUGCUAGGCGGACAACGACGACAGGUGGAAAGUUUCGCGGCACGCGGCGCACCGCCCGUCCAAAGUUUCGCCAUAAUCAUUUCCACGCGCGUUAUCGCCUACGUGGUGACUGUCCCUACGUGGUAGGGGGAUACCACCUAACUUGCGGAGGAUAUGCACGCGCGCAUCAUCGGAACGGGGUAGCGUCUCGCAGGCACCUCGAGAUAGGGCACCGCCGUUUCCGCCGAUUAUCCGUGAUCGUGCCGGGCGGAUUGGAGUCUCGGAUCGGUUGUCACGUUCAACUGACGUCCGACCGUCUCGUCUCUCGCGACGGAUGCGGACCCGGCCGAUUCUUCGUGACGGUAUUUGUGUGUUGAUCGGCGCAAGAGCCGGGGCAAGACGCGAUAAGACCUCGCCUUAUCGCCUGAUCGCCUGGUGUGCUGUAUCAGUGAGUGGAUGGUGGUAGCAGUUGUUCUGCGUGGAUGAUGUGAAUCGUUUCAAAGUAUCGAAGUGCAAGCGUACCACCAAACAAUCGCGGAAAUGGCUCUGAGAUGGCAAGCGAGGCUCUCGAUUGCUGCCAUACUCUUCAUGUGCACGGAAGACACAUUGAGUCUAGGAGAUCGGACGAUAGAUAACAUGGACAGACACGCGAUGCAGAGCAGACCUCGACAACAAUUGCUGGAUCAUUCUUCCGGCCCGAAGUCGAAACCGGAACCUACUUUCGACUUCUCGCAGAACACCAACGUGACAGCCCUAAUUGGAAAAAAUGUAUACCUCACGUGCCGAGUUCGCAAUCUGGGCGACAAGACCGUGUCCUGGGUCAGGCACAGGGACAUUCACAUUCUAACGGCCGGGGCGUAUACAUACACGAGCGAUCAGCGAUUUCAAGCAAUGCACAAACAAAAUACGGGCCAAAAUAGUGAAUGGUCCGAGUGGACCCUCUGCAUAAAGUGGGCGCAGGAGCGAGAUCAGGGUAUCUACGAAUGUCAGAUUUCCACUAUACCCGUCAAGUCGCAUCAGUUUCGCUUGAACGUCGUUGUACCUACGGCGACGAUACUGGGCGGGCCUGAGUUGUACGUCGGUGCAGGCAGCACGAUAAACCUGACGUGCGCCAUACACUUCAGCUCGGAGCCACCAGCCUACAUCUUCUGGUACUACAAUGAGAACGUCCUGAGCUACGACAGUCCCAGGGGCGGCAUCUCGGUGAUAACCGAGAAGAGUGACGACGUCACCACCUCUUGGCUCCUUAUUCAGACGGCGCAGCCCUCGGACUCCGGGGAGUACAGCUGCAAACCCAGCAACGCCAAUACGGCGUCCAUCAGGGUUCAUGUCCUAAAUGGCGAGCGACCGGAAGCAAUGCAGACCGGGACCGCGGGGCCGAUACUGUCCUCGAGCUGUCUUUUGGUGUCCCUGAUCAUUUUGUACAUAUCUUCGGUGUAAUCGAAAACGAAAAUACAGCGCCAACGGCCAGAGUUCACAUCCGUCGCGGUACGUUUCCCUUGCGUUCACGCGAAUGCAAACGAACGAUUUCACCGAAUACAUAACGUCUGCGGGGCAGCGACUACGGUUUGUACAGGAUACAAACGACUUCCUCACGAGUGAUCGAGGAGAAGCGGUUUUAGCCGGCGCAUUGCCCCCUGAAUAAUUCGUAAAGUUUUUAUAAGAGAAUCAAACUGCCAAUUGCCCGGAAAUAGCAGUUCUUCUUGACAGCGCAGUAGCUCUCAAUUAAUUCAAUGUUACUUCUUACAAAAGCAUUACGAAUUAUCAACUAUUAGCAAUGUGUCGAGUUGUCGGAAAUAUAUUUGUUGCAUAGUAAAUCUCAACUAGCGAGGAAUGUUGGGCGACGCGAAGGUUCAAAAGUCGCGCGUCGUGAGGCUUCGCUUCACGAGUGAUUACUUGCACUUUUUUCCCUUUUGUUGAAAAGACCGGAUCUAGUUGGCUCAAGGGAUAUGUCGGCUAUAUUUAUGUAUUUGUCGUGAGAGAAACAGUGGAAAUAAAGUCGCAAAAUGUU